GGGCAUAAUAUGCUAAAAUAAGCAUUUGGUCAAAUUAGCUCCCCCCCAAAAAAAACAAAAUACCCACAUCUGAGUUCUAUACAUAAAAUAGGGACUUUAAGAACCGAAAACGCAGCGACGUGGAAAACCCCAGGACCGUCGGAGGCAUGGAGCGAGGACCGCGUCUCAAACGCGGGAAACUUGAAGUUUAGAUGCAACAGGCGACGCGCCCGCUACUUUACAUGUCAACAAAAAGCUGCUUUUCCGGUAGCUUCAAAAAAUGUCAAAAAACUCGUUUAAAGCUGUACAAGAAUCUUUGCUCUUCUCCCUGGAAGAACGAAUUAUAGACAAAGAGGAAUUUGCUGUCCUUUUCGAAGAAUACACGCCGCAAAACCUGCCUUUUUGCCACUGGGACUACGAAGAAUUUUGUCUGGAAAAUAAAGAUCCCGCUGAGUGCAAGGCCGACUUUAGAUUUGAAAAGAGAGAUAUUCCUUUGCUCGUAGAUGCUUUACAAAUGCCAGAUACGUUUACAUGUGUUAACGGCACGGUUUGUGAUGCAACAGAAGGGCUGUGUGUCGUGCUGAAGCGGUUUGCUUAUCCUUGCAGAUUGUCAGACAUGAUUUCCAUAUUCGGUAGAUCAGUGCCAGAGCUCAGCAUGAUUUGCAAUGAAGUGACUGAAUGGAUCUACAAUGCUCACCACCACCGUACAACAGAGUGGAACAACUUUAUCCUGUCCCCCAAUUCAUUGCAAACAUAUGCUGAUGCAAUUCACAACAAAGGUGCAGCCUUGGAUAAUUGCUUUGGCUUUGUAGAUGGGACAGUUCGCCCAAUAACAAGACCAGGAUUGAAUCAGAGAGUUGUUUACAACGGACACAAGCGUGUACACGCUCUCAAAUACCAGUCUGUUGCAUUGCCCAAUGGGCUCAUCGGCCAACUAUUUAGACCAGUAGAGGGAAGGAUGCAUGAUGCAAGAAUGUUGGCAGUCUCAGGAUUGUACGACAGCUUGGCACAACAUGCUUUUUCUCCAGCUGGUCAAGAAAUGUGCAUCUAUGGGGAUCCAGCAUACCCCCUACACAACCAUCUGCAAGCGCCUUUUAGAAUGGGUGUACUCAAUGGGCCAAUGCAAGACUUCAACGAAUCCAUGAGUUCAGUCCGUAUUUCAGUUGAAUGGCUCUUUGCUGACAUUAUAAACUAUUUCAAAUUUCUUGACUUCAAGAAAAAUCUCAAGAUUGGACUCAGUGAUGUUGGAAAGAUGUACAUGGUCUGUGCCCUUCUGAGAAAUGGCUUAACAUGCCUUUACUCCAACACAACCUCUGAAUAUUUUGGACUUGAUCCUCCUACACUGGUUGACUAUUUCAACUAAAGAAAAUAAACAAUCAAAUUGAGUUUGUAUAAUGCAGGUAGUACAGUGACAAACUAUUUAAACAAGUGAUGGGUGGGGCAACAAAACAACACAACAAAAAUGUGCACAUCACUUUUAGAAUGGUGCAUAUGUAAUUGUUAACAGUGAAAAAUAGAAACAUUUGCUGUAAAAUAUACUAUGUUUUAUACAAAAUGUAUUUAAAGAUAUAUAAUCUUGUAUGAUAAUAAAAAUUUUAACUUUUGUUUUUAAAUAAAAA